UGAAAAUACAAUUGGACGCGCCCACUCCUUGAUUUCGUCCCCGAAUUUGUGAUGCCGAACCGCAGCCCAUCCUCGUCAACGAGCCUCGCGGCUGGUGAACCACUUUAUGUCGUCGAACCGCGAGAACCUCACAGCCAUACAUGUACUCUUAUUCUCCUCCAUGGACUAGGCUCCAAUGGAAACAAGUUUGGCACAGAGCUGUUGGAGACCGGUGUAACAUCAUCUGGCCAAACGCUCACAGAACUACUUCCUGGCGCCCGCUUUGUUUUCCCUACUUCCAAACGCCGUCGCUCUACCGCAUUUGGCCGAUCGAUGCUCACCCAGUGGUUCGACAUUGUUCGGCUCGCAGAUCCGUCUUACCUCAAAGAACGACAGCUGGACGGGCUAGCUGAAUCCGCUCGAGAGAUCAGGGAGAUUAUGGCGGCUGAGCUUAAGAGGGUGCAGCCUCAAAACCUCAUCAUCGGGGGGCUCAGCCAGGGCUGCGCCAUGUCACUUGCAGUCCUACUGUCCUUGGAACACUCAAUCGGCGGUUAUAUUGGUAUGAGUGGCUACCUCACGUAUCAAGAGGACCUCGAGAGCGUUAUCGACGACGAGGUUGACAGUGACGAUCCUUUCGCGCGUCCCAGCGGCUCGCAGGAUACGGCUGUCGAAUCCAACGCCGUCAAGGCUCAGGCAUUGGAGAGAGAUCUCUUGGAUCUUGACCCCUUGGAAUGCGCUUCGCUAGAGAAGACAGCGCAUCAGACUCCUGUUUUGUUGGGCCAUGGGAAGGCGGAUGAGAAGGUACCAUAUGCGUUAGGAGAGGGUGCAGCACAAGUUCUGCAGAAUGCAGGGUAUCAAGUUGAGUGGAAAUGCUAUGAUGACCAAGGCCACUGGUUCAAGAUCCCCGAUGAAAUAGAUGACAUCUGCAAUUUCAUCGCUUCAAAGGUCGGCUGGGAAGUCGUCAAGCCCACCACAUGAGUCUAGGAGAUAAUCUGAAACAUACAAAGG